AGCGUCUGAGCCAGAAGGAUGGCCAGAUCGUGGCAGGUCUGACAGAGAAGCUGCAGCUGUUUGCAGACAUGGCAGAGUCUGUGGCUGGUCUUGAGGAUAUGGCCUCGCGCUCCUGUCUGCUGCUGCGUGGUGAUGCCUCAGACCUCCACCAGGGGGAGACGCUGCUCAAGGGAGCCAUCACUGAAGGUACAACACACACAACACAGUGCAGUACAGAGUACAAUACACUGGCUUUUGUUAUACUGUAUAGGUUUUUGAUCCAACUCAAGACAACAUAUGAUUCAUGUAAUUCACAAAUAAUUCAGAUUUUGAUUAGUUUAGUUAGGUGUGUUACAUACAGAUACCCAACCAGUGGUGAUUUUAGCAUGUAAAUCUUGGUGGGGCAAACACAUUUUUUUUUUUUUUUAUGCAUGCCAGCAAACCCACAGCACAUCACAACUCUAAACAAUACAUGAAUUGCACUAUAACGGUGACAAACGGUGCCCACACACUGUUAGGGCCUACAUAAAGCUGUCCCAACAGCAGAGUCCCAACAGCAGUCCCAACACCUUACCAUUGCUACACCUGGCAAUCAGCGGAGCCUUGUCUGGCAGCGAAACAUUUACUGCCUUUAAAAAAAACAGCUGAUAUGGCUGACUUGCUUAAACAAAUGUGGUUUCUACUAACAAUUGAUAUGUACAAACUAUGGCAUAAGGGGAUGACGAGCGGAUAAUUUCGAUUAAGACAUUAAUGAGCGAGCUAGGAUGGACGUAGUCAAUAUAACUAUUUGUUCAGCACUUUUGAAAUGUACAGCGACAGAAUUCAGAACAUGGGCCGUUCUUAAAGUAUUCUCCCUGUAGAUCAAGUCAGAACCGUAGGAUAAAUAAAGGGGGCAUAUAAGGAGACAAUGAAAGCUCUUACAAUAUUCGAUGAUUACAUUUCUCUAAAACAGGCUAUAGGCUACAUGUGCACCACCGAGUCAGAACAGUAGGCAAAAUUAGGAGGGGAAACGGGACCAAAUUAUUAGGGUGAGGCACAUGGGCUACGAACAGCUUACUACACAACAUACACUUAGUAUUACUUUCUUAGCUACAGUAUACAUAUCUCCCUGGCAUAUUACAUCAUUUAUGCAGCAGCAUACAAUACAUUUUUGGACUCACCUUGUUGUGCUGUGCUCACUUUUUUUUUUUUGUCAUUUUAGCAGACGCUCUUAUCCAGAGCGACUUACAGUUAGUGAGUGCAUACAUUGUCAUACUGGCCCCCCGUGGGAAUCGAACCCACAACCCUGGCGUUGCAAACGCCAUGCUCUACCAACUGAGCUACACUUGAACAGGAAGGUGGCGCAGCGGUCCUUUGUGGGCAAAUUUAGUCUUCAAACUUUGUCAUCAAAGUCUGGCUUUCUCUGGAUUUAUUGUGCUUUAAAGACAACUGGGAAUUCGGAAAAAAACAAGGUCGAAUCAUGAUGACGUCAGUGAUCUUCAAGUCGGAGCUCUAGAAAGAGGCCCGAGUCCCCGACCUGCAAUUCCGAGUUGGAUGACCAUUCAAAACGUUUUUCCCAGUCGGAGCUAGUUUUUUCCCGAGUUCCCAGUUGUCUUGAACUCACUAAAAUCAGAUUUCCCAGUUCUGAGUUACCAGUUGUUUUGAGCGUGGCAGAAGUCAUGCUGGAUUGAUACCAUGGCCAAUGUUGAAUGUUUAUCCUUUUAAGCAUGGAAAAGAGACCCUUAAACCCAGACUUGGGACCACACACCCACUUCACUGAAUAGCAGGCUAGUGAGCUUUGCAAUGCUUGUAGUUAGCCACUGAUUCCUUCCAAACCACUUAUUGUUGAAUUUGUUAUUUCCAACUUGUUGUGUAAUGUUUAUGUCCAAUGGCCGAUGAGCACCGAUACGUUUUAUCUAUAAAUUAUCUUCAUUAUUCCUCUUCAUAUGACAAGGAUUAAAAAGGAUUUGCCAGUAGAUUGUCGACUUGAUUCAUGAUGAUGACUGCUAGCUUGCUAGCCAAGAUUUUGAAGGUAUGAUGUUGACAUGAUCAGUCGAAUCAAAGCUGCUGUAGAUAUAACGUGAUUUGACAUAAUUUUAUCUGUGGCCAAUGACCUUGAGCCUUCUUGGAUGGGCACCUCCAAUGUAACUCUUAAGUCAGCACCCAAGUACCCUUAGAUUUGGCGGUGACGUAGUGUCCCCAUGAGUGACAGAACAAUGAGCCAAUCACGGCGCAAAUAGAGAACAUUACCAACCCCUAUGCUCCGUAUUUUCUGCUGGCUGCCCCACCACUGCAGAAAGCACUGAGCUAGGCUGAAACGCCUGCAUUUUGGAGCUGCCUUACUCAAAGGAAGAAAAAAAGAUACCAAGUUUGUAUGCGGCUUUAUCAACUCUUAUUAUUAUUUAUUUAUUUUACAUUGUUUGCAAACUGAUAUGUGACACGUAUUAAUGCCAAAACAGGCAUCCUCCCAAAAAAAUGACAGGUCGCCACUGCACCCAACUGUAACAAUAGGAGGGUUAGCUCCGUCCUCACUACUCUUGUUCUUUCUUAAAACAUUAUUGUUCAUCUUUCUUACUACCUACCUCCGUCUCUCUCGCUCGGACUCUCGCUCUCUCCAGUGGAGAACCUUCAGAACAUGUUGCUGUCUGGUGUGAGAGAGCUAGCUCCACGUCCAGAGGAGGGUUUAGGCUCCGGGGCUAUGCCCAGGAGAGCAGGCACCUUCGGGGGCUACGACAGCAGCCCCACCAUCCUCAACAAGAGUAAGUCCACUCCACCUGCCUGCCCUGCUCUGCAUGUGCUGUAUCACCAUUGUAUUCCCAUUAGGGCUGAUGCAAUACCAGUAUUGCAAUAUUUUUUCCAGGGCAAAAAUGAAAACACGAAGCAGACAUUAGGGCUGUUUUCCUAAAGAAGUUAAAUCCGCUUUGUGUUUUGUUUCCUUGCCACGAUUCUAACGAGUAUUGCGAUACUGGUAUCAUCCCGGCCCUAAUUCCCAUAGUGUCUGUGUACCACUCUCAUAAGAUCCAAAAUGACUAUUUCAUAGUAUUCAAACGUGUGUGUGUGUGUGUGUGUGUGUGGUGUUAGAAGGCAGUGUGAAGAAGAAGAACUACAGUGGAGGGGACAGAGACAGGAGCCAGAGAGCCCGCUCUGACCCCCAGCUCAAGGAGAUUCAGACCAGCCAGGCCCUGGAGCAGCCACCGGUGGGUCAAACACACACUCACUCGCGCUAACAACCACAGCAAACAUGGAUGAGAAAAUGUCUUAAAAGGACAGACUGUGUCACAACUUAAGUUCCAGGGUGACCAGGGCAACACACUCCCUGUCCCCACAACAGAGCCAGCAGUGUAGCUAGUGUUGAGUAAACAGUGAUAAGAGCAUUUUUUUACAUGUACAUUUUAGUCAUUUAGCAGACGCUCUUAUCCAGAGCGACUUACAGUUAGUGCAUACAUUAUUUUUUAUUUUUUCAUACCCCCUGUGGGAAUCGAACCCACAACCCUGGCGUUGCAAACGCCAUGCUCUACCAACUGAGCUACAUCCCUGCCGGCCAUUCCCUCCCCUACCCUGGACGACGCUGGGCCAAUUGCGCGCCGCCCCAUGGGUCUCCCGGUCGCGGCCGGCUACGACAGAGCCUGGAUUCGAACCAGGAUCUCUAGUGGCACAGCUAGCACUGCAAUGCAGUGCCUUAGACCACUGCGCCACAGGUCGUUCAGAAAUGUACCAGUAUUUCAAUAAAUACAAAAUAAAUAGAUUAGAUGACCCAGUAUACAGAACAAAAGCUACUUUACUCCGUCAUUACUUAGUAAUUUACCUAUUUUGGGGAAAUGCUACUGUUCCCGGUAUGAUUUAUGUCUCCUCAUCCUCACCAGGGUCUUGAACUGUCUGCAAUUCGGCGUCGAUGGCCACUGGCACACUGGAGAAGUGUGCUCUUAACGGAUUAAUCCCGGUUUAAACUGUACCGGGCAGAUGGCAGACAGCAUGUAUGGCGUCGUGUGGGCGAGUGGUUUGCUGAUGUCAUGGUGGGGUUAUGGUAUGGGCAGGCAUAAGCUAUGGAGAACAAAAACAAUUGCAUUUUAUCGAUGGCAAUUUGAAUGCACAGCGAUACCGUGACGAGAUCCUGAGGCCCGUUGUCGUGCCAUUCAUCCGCUGCCAUCACCUCAUGUUUCAGCAUGAUAAUGCAUGGCCCCAUGUCGCAAGGAUCUGUACACAAUUCCUGGAAGCUAAACAUUUCCCAGUUCUUCCAUGACCUGCAUACUCAACAGAUACACUACAUUACCAAAAGUUUGUGGACACCUGCUCGUCGAACAUCUCAUUCCAAAAUCAUGGGCAUUAAUAUGGAGUUGGUCCCCCUUUGCUGCUAUAACAGCCUCCACUCUUCUGGGAAGGCUUUCCACUAGAUGUUGGAACAUUGCUGCGGGGACUUGCUUCCAUUCAGCCAUAAGAGCAUUAGUGAGGUCAGGCACUGAUGUAAGGCAAUUAGGCGUUCCAUUUCAUCCCAAAGGUGUUUGAUGGGGUUGAGGUCAGGGCUCUGUGCAGGCCAGUCAAGAUCUUCCAUACCGAUAUCGACAAACCAUUUCUGUAUGGACCUCGCUUUGUGCACGGAGGCAUUGUCAUGCUGAAGUUGGAAGCACAGAAUUGUCUAGAAUGUCAUUGUAAUCUGUAGUGUUACGAUUUCCCUUCACUGGAGCUAAGGGGCCUAGCCCAAACUAUGAAAAACAGCCCCAGACCAUUAUUCCUCCUCCACCAAACUUUAAAAUCUUUACUCCACAAACUUUAUGCAUUCGGGCAGGUAGCGUUCUCCUGGCAUCCGCCAAACCCAGAUUAGUCCGUUGGACUGCCAGGUGGUGAAGAGUGAUUAAUCACUCCAGAGAGCGCGUUUCCACUGCUCCAGAGUCCAAUGGCGGCGAGCUUUACAUUGCGCAUGGUGAUCAUAGGCUUGUGUGUGGCUGCUCGACCAUGGAAAUCCAUUUCAUGAAGCUCCCGACGAACAGUUAUUGUGCUGACGUUGUUUCCAGAGGCAGUUUGGAACUCAUUAGUGAGUGUUGAAACUGAGGACAGAUGAUUUUUACGCGCUUCAGAACUCGGUGGUCCUGUUCUGUGAGCUUGUGUGGCCUACAGCUUCGCGGCUGAGCCGUUGUUGCUCCUAGACGUUUCCACUUCACAAUAACAGCACUUACAGUUGACCGGGGCAGCUCUAGCAGGGCAGAAAUUUGACGAACUGACUUGUUGCAAAGGUGGCAUCUUAUGACGGCACAACAUUGAAACUCAAAGCUCUUUUUAGUAAGACCAUUGUACUGCCAAUGUUUGUCUAUGGAGAUUGCAUGGCUGUGUGCUCGAUUUCAUACACCUGUCAGCAACGGGUGUGGCUGAAAUAGCCGACUCCACUCAUUUGAAGAUGUGUCCACAUACUUUUGUAUGUGUAUGUCACCCGUUGAGCAUAUUUGGGAUGCUCUGGAUCGACGUGUACGACAGCGUGUUCAAUAUCCAGCAACUUCGCACAGCCAUUGAAGAGGAGUGGGACAACAUUCCACAGGUGACAAUCAACAGCCUGAUCCAACUCUAUGCAAAGGAGAUGUGUCGAGCUGCAUGAGGCAAAUGGUGGUCACAGCAUUUGUGUGACCAACCGGUGCAUAUCUGUAUUCCCAGUCAUGUGAAAUCCAUAGAUUAGGGCCCAAUGACUUCAUAACAAUUGACUGAUUUCCUUAUGAACUGUAACUCUGUUGCGUUUAUAUUUUUGUUCAGUGUAGAUCAAUAGAUACUUUAUUCAUCCCUGAGGGGAAACGUCAUAAAAUGUGUAAUGUUGUGUCUGUUGUACAGGCUGCUGAUAAUGAUGAGGCCUCUCCAGCCAUCUGGAACCCCAUCUGGUCCAACACCUUUCCAGAAGCUGAGGUAGGAGAUGUUCCGUGUUCAUAUGGUAUUUGAACCUCGCUCUUCUUCAAUCCUCAUGUUUUAUCAUGGCCUCUCAAAGGUGUACUGUCCCAUAGUGUCCAAACCUAGAGUUGUAUUUUGAUCUUCUCUUUCCGUUCCUGUCUCGGUCUCCCUAGUUCUUUGACCUGGUGCUGAUGCUGUCUCAGAGACUCUACAGCUUGCAGGUAAACAAAACAAAACUUCUCACUCACAUUUCCCUCAAUAACAACCUCUCCACAUCCACUUACAUGCUCAUACUCAUUUACAUUUUAGUCAUUUAGCAGACGCUCUUAUCCAGAGCGACUUACAUGAGCAAUUAGGGUUAAGUGCCUUGCUCAAGGGCACAAUGCUCUUAACCACCAGUAGGCAUGCUAGCACAUGACAUGCUAGCAUGUGGCUCUCCUCCAGUCCUGUGUGUGACUGGGCCGUGAACAAUCAAUCGGACUGCAGCCUUCCACACUUACCAGGGCGAGAUGCCAAAACCCGUCUGUCUGCAUGUCAACAGAAAUGUUAAAAUGACAUCACAUGGAGACUGCUAGACUAGCCUUUUGAUUGGUUAUGGUCUGUGACCACAAGCCUCAUGCUUUCCAGAAGUUGACCCACGUAUCUCCUCCUUUCCACCGGUCUCCCCUCCCCUCCCCUUUAGGCCAUCAUCUGCCAGCAAGACAGCCACAUCGAGCUACAGCGCGCCUCCCUCAAAGAGCGUGCCUCCUUCCCCGGCCGUCACCGUGGCAACGUGCUCCUGGAGCAGGAGAAACAGAGGACGCUGGCCCUGCAGAGGGAGGAGCUGGCCAGCUUCCACAAGCUGCAGUCACAGCACCGACAGGAGCAGGUGAGACACAGUCGAAAUGGCAUCCUUAAUUAGAUUUAUGGUCGCCUUACAGGUUGUCUUCAUUACAAUUACACUAUGUAGAUAAUUAAAUCUGAUAAUACUAGUAAAAGGGAACCACAUUAAUAUGAUCAUGAUAACUCCUGCAAAACGAGACGACCUCAAACUCGCCCUAUGACUUUUACUUAAUGCAGUAUUAUGCCAGUCUGCAUUUAGUCAAAUUGAACCUUGUGUUUCUUCCCAGGCUCGCUGGGAGAGGGAGCGGGAGCGCCACCGGCAGCAGGCAGAGGCCGCGGAGGGCAAGCUGAGGCAGAGGGAGGAGGAGUGCAGGAGGCAGGAGGAGAAGCUGGCGGAGGAGAGGGAGGAGCUGGAGAGACAAAGGGAGAUGUACCAACAGGAUCUGGAGAGACUGAGGGAGUCAACCCGCACCGUGGAGAAGGAGAAGGAACGCCUGGAGCAGCAGAGGAAGAUCAAGAGGAAGACAAUCGAGGUGGGUGACGAUGUUACACAUACACUCACGCACACACACACCCAACAGUGAGGGAAAAAAGUAUUUGAUCCAUGCUGAUUUUGUACGUUUGCCCACUGACAAAGACUUGAUCAGUCUAUAAUUUUAAUGGUAGGUUUAUUUGAACAGUGAGAGACAGAAUAACAAAAAAAAAAUAACUAAAAACGCAUGUCAAAAAUGUUAUAAAUUGAUUUGCAUUUUAUUGAGGGUAAUAAGUAUUUGACCCCUCUGCAAAACAUGACUUAGUACUUGGUGGCAAAACCCUUGUUGGCAAUCACAGAGGUCAGACGUUUCUUGUAGUUUGCCACCAGGUUUGCACACAUCUCAGGAGAGAUUUUGUCCCACUCCUCUUUGCAGAUCUUCUCCAAGUCAUUAAGGUUUCGAGGCUGACGUUUGGCAACUCGAACCUUAAGCUCCCUCAACAGAUUUUCUAUGGGAUUAAGGUCUGGAGACUGGCUAGGCCACUCCAGGACCUUAAUGUGCUUCUUCUUGAGCCACUCCUUUGUUGCCUUGGCCGUGUGUUUUGGGUCAUUGUCAUGCUGGAAUACCCAUCCACGACCCAUUUUCAAUGCCCUGGCUGAGGGAAGGAGGUUCUCACCCAAGAUUUGACGGUACAUGGCCCCGUCCAUCGUCCCUUUUGAUGCGGUGAAGUUGUCCUGUCCCCUUAGCAGAAAAACACCCCCAAAGCAUAAUGUUUCCACCGCCAUGUUUGACGGUAGGGAUGGUGUUCUUGGGGUCAUAGGCAGCAUUCCUCCUCCUCCAAAUACGGCGAGUUGAGUUGAUGCCAAAGAGCUCGAUUUUGGUCUCAUCUGACCACAACACUUUCACCCAGUUCUCCUCUGAAUCAUUCAGAUGUUCAUUGGCAAACUUCAGACGGGCCUGUAUAUGUGCUUUCUUGAGCAGGGGGACUUUGCGGGCGCUGCAGGAUUUCAGUCCUUCACGACGUAGUGUGUUACCAAUUGUUUUCCCAAUUGUUUUCUUGGUGACUAUGGUCCCAGCUGCCUUGAGAUCAUUGACAAGAUCCUCCCGUGUAGUUCUGGGCUGAUUCCUCACCGUUCUCAUGAUCAUUGCAACUCCACGAGGUGAGAUCUUGCAUGGAGCCCCAGGCCGAGGGAGAUUGACAGUUAUUUUGUGUUUCUUCCAUUUGCGAAGAAUCGCACCAACUGUUGUCACCUUCUCACCAAGCUGCUUGGCGAUGGUCUUGUAGCCCAUUCCAGCCUUGUGUAGGUCUACAAUCUUGUCCCUGACAUCCUUGGACAGCUCUUUGGUCUUGGCCAUGGUGGAGAGUUUGGAAUCUGAUUGAUUGAUUGCUUCUGUGGACAGGUGUCGUUUAUACAGGUAACAAGCUGAGAUUAGGAGCACUCCCUUUAAGAGUGUGCUCCUAAUCUCAGCUCGUUACCUGUAUAAAAGACACCUGGGAGCCAGAAAUUUUUCUGAUUGAGAGGGGGUCAAAUACUUAUUCUGUCUCUCACAACACUGUUCAAAUAAACCUACCAUUAAAAUUAUAGACUGAUCAUGUCUUUGUCAUUGGGCAAAUGUACAAAAUCAGCAGGGGAUCAAACACUUUUUUCCUUCACUGUAUAUACUGAGAUCAUGUGACACUUAGAUUGCAUACAGGUGAACUUUAUUUAACUAAUUAUGUGACUUCUGAAGGUAAUUUGUUGCACCAGAUCUUAUUUAGGAGCUUCAUAGUAAAGGGGGUGAAUACAUAUGCACGCACCACUUUUCCGUUAUUUUUUUGAAUUCUUUGAAACAAGUUAUUUUUUUCAUUUCACUUCACUUCACCAAUUUUGACUAUUUUGUGUAUGUCCAUUACAUGAAAUCCAAAUAAAAAUCCAUUUAAAUUACAGGUUGUAAUGCAACAAAAUAGGAAAAAAGCCAAGGGGGAUGAAUACUUUUGCAAGGCACUGUAUUUGCAGAGGGAUUGUGUUGUAAAAGAGGUUGAAUGUUUCUCCUAUCGUUGUGUGAGCAGCAUUGUCCUGGGUUCAAAGAGACCUCGCUAGUCAUUUAAACACAUCCAGCAGUGCUCUCUCUCUUUCCCUGCACAUGCACACACAUAAAAUACAAAAGCAAGAGGGAUCUAAUUUACAUCACAAACCCAUUUUGGUCAGAGCCAUAAAUACUGUAUACAGAAAUCAGCAAACAAUUAUAUUACGCUUUUAACACAAGUUCCAUGACAACAGUUUUCUCGUUUGAAACCUCAAUCUAAGGCAAUGUAAUUGUCCUACAACUUUUGGUGCCAAACUCAAAUAUCGAUACCCUGAGUUGAAAGCAUUUGAAACCCCUUGGACAUGUGACUCAAAAUGGCUUCUCAUCUUCCUCUGUAUGUUAUUCAUCUUCUGCCCAAAUCCUCUCCCUUUCCCACUCCCUCUCCCAGGUGGUGCCACUAUCCGGCAGUCUAAAUGGGGACCUCCUGCUGGGCAUGGGCGGUCGCGGUGUUGGCGGUUCAGACCUCUCCCGCACCCUCCCCCUGCCCCAGAAGGCCCUGGUGCGCCCCAGCCUCUCGGGGGUGCCCGCAGACUACCUGGAGCAUCCCGAGGUUCCGCCGCGGGGUCAGAGCGUCAAUGCCACCGUGUUGCCGGUGAAGAAGGAGGUGCCGCUCCACCUGUGCAGCACCACCAACCAGCAACACAAGCAGUUUGGCGUCCAGCAGCAGAUCCCCACCAAACUGGCAGCGCUGAGCUCAAAGAGCUCCAAGAAUUGCAAGGGCAAGGCCUCGCACCGUACAGACAGCACAGGUAAGACCAGUCUCAACUCAAGAAACCACCACACACAAGGGCCGAUCACACCAGGUAUUAGUAGCAUUUACUACGUAUUGAACCCUAUAGUAGGCAGGACACUCCCUAGUAGUGCCAUUGUUUCAAUGUUGGUUUAUGAUGUUUGUUGAGCUCAGGAAAUACACAUGAACGUAAACAGUAGCACACCAUGCACUAAUAAGCCGACUAGGUGAAAAAUCUGUCGAUGUGCCCUUGAGCAAGGUACUUAACCCUAAUUGCUCCUGUAAGUCGCUCUGGAUAAGAGCGUCUGCUAAAUGACUAAAAUGUAAAAUGUAAAAAUUAUAAAUAUGUAGGCACAGUCUCUGUUUUUCAGCACUAUAGGUUAAAGGAGACUUGUUUUUUUUUACAACCAAAUCUCUAUUUUUGAUGUAAAUGGCAUAUUAUAGAAGGGUCCAGACACUUUUGGGGAGUUUCACUUGUUUUUGAGAAACUUACCCCAACCAGCGAUUCACAUCCUCGUUGUGCAGUACGGGGGCACUGAAAAAACAUGAACAAAUGCUCCAAAAAAAGAUGUCCUUCAAGAAACGGAAACGCUCUCGGUAUAGUAAUGUAGGUCUUUAGAUGUUGUAGAAAUGAAAUUGUGUCAUUCCGAACUUUAUCCGCAACGUUAUAUUCCAUUUUAUGCAACUCGAGCUGUUUCCCCUAUCCAGCUGUUCAAUUCUCAGUGUAGCCUGCUGCUAGAUUGGACAGAGAGGUAUCGCUCGAGUCACAACGAAAUAGAAUAUAUUAUGUUGCGGAUAAAGUUUGGAAUGACAAACUUACAUGCCUAAAACAUCUAAAGACCUGCAUCACUAUACUGAGCGCUUUUCCGUUUCUAAAAGGACGUACAGUGAGGGAAAAUAGUAUGAUCCCCUGCUGAUUUUGUACGUUUGCCCACUGACAAAGAAAUGAUCAGUCUAUAAUUUUAAUGGUAGGUUUAUUUGAACAGUGAGAGACAGAAUAACAACAACAAAAUCCAGAAAAACGCAUGUCAAAAAUGUUAUGAAUUGAUUUGCAUUUUAAUGAGGGAAAUAAGUAUUUGACCCCUCUGCAAAACAUGACUUAGUACUUGGUGGCAAAACCCUUGUUGGCAAUCACAGAGGUCAGAUGUUUCUUGUAGUUUGCCACCAGGUUUGCACACAUCUCAGGAGGGAUUUUGUCCCACUCCUCUUUGCAGAUCUUCUCCAAGUCAUUAAGGUUUCGAGGCUGACGUUUGGCAACUCGAACCUUCAGCUCCCUCCACAGAUUUUCUAUGGGAUUAAGGUCUGGAGACUGGCUAGGCCACUCCAGGACCUUAAUGUGCUUCUUCUUGAGCCACUCCUUUGUUGCCUUGGCCGUGUGUUUUGGGUCAUUGUCAUGCUGGAAUACCCAUCCACAACCCAUUUUCAAUGCCCUGGCUGAGGGAAGGAGGUUCUCACCCAAGAUUUGACGGUACAUGGCCCCGUCCAUCGUCCCUUUGAUGCAGUGAAGUUGUCCUGUCCCCUUAGCAGAAAAACACCCCCAAAGCAUAAUGUUUCCACCCCCUCCAAACACGGCGAGUUGAGUUGAUGCCAAAGAGCUCCAUUUUGGUCUCAUCUGACCACAACACUUUCACCUAGUUCUCCUCUGAAUCAUUCAGAUGUUCAAUGGCAAACUUCAGACGGGCAUGUAUAUGUGCUUUCUUGAGCAGGGGGACCUUGCGGGUGCUGCAGGAUUUCAGUCCUUCACGGCGUAGUGUGUUACCAAUUGUUUUCUUGGUGACUAUGGUCCCAGCUACCUUGAGAUCAUUGACAAGAUCCUCCCGUGUAGUUCUGGACUGAUUCCUCACCGUUCUCAUGAUCAUUGCAACUUCACGAGUUGAGAUCUUGCAUGGAGCCCCAGGCCGAGGGAGAUUGACAGUUCUUUUGUGUUUCUUUCAUUUGCGAAUAAUCGCACCAACUGUUGUCACCUUCUCACCAAGCUGCUUGGCGAUGGUCUUGUAGCCCAUUCCAGCCUUGUGUAGGUCUACAAUCUUGUCCCUGACAUCCUUGGAGAGCUCUUUGGUCUUGGCCAUGGUGGAGAGUUUGGAAUCUGAUUGAUUGAUUGCUUCUGUGGACAGGUGUCUUUUAUACAGGUAACAAACUGAGAUUAGGAGAACUCCCUUUAAGAGUGUGCUCCUAAUCUCAGCUCGUUACCUGUAUAAAAGACACCUGGGAGCCAGAAAUCUUUCUGAUUGAGAGGGGGUCAAAUACUUAUUUCCCUCAUUAAAAUGCAAAUCAAUUUAUAACAUUUUUUACAUGCGUUUUUCGUGAUUUUUUGUUGUUGUUAUUCUGUCUCUCACAGUUUAAAUAAACCUACCAUUAGAUUUAUAGACUGAUCAUUUCUUUGUCAGUGUGCAAACGUACAAAAUCAGCAGGGGAUCAAAUACUUUUUUCCCUCACUGUAUAUGGUGUUUUUGGAGCAUUUGUUCAUGUUAUUUCAGAGCCCCGUACUACACAAUGAGGAUGAGUAAGUGGUUGGGGUAAGUUUCUCAAAAAUAAGUGAAUCACAAAAAAAUAGUUUCUGGGCCCUUCUAUAACAUGCUAUUUACAUAAAUGUUUUAGAUUUGGUUGUAAAAAAAAAAAGCCAAAUUCUCCUUAGGUUAAGCUCACAGGACAAAGAGAACCCUGCCUGCCCUGUGUAGUGGUACUGUUGUCUAACAGUGUGAUAUAUACACUGGCUUGUGAACACGUUAGAUUGACAGAGCUUAGCUCUAUCAGGACUCUGGACUAAUCUUAAUGAUGCACCAUGAUCACAUUACCUGCUCUGAAUUGAAUGGCUCCUGGGCUCAGUCCAAUAACACACUGUAAUGGAAAUGUAAUGGAUAUUUAUUCUCUUUUCUCUCUCUCUCUCCCUUUGUAUCUUUCCUUCUCUCUGUUGCGCUCUCUCUUUCUCACACGCUUCUCUUCUCAACCCCCCUCCUAUCUCUCUCUGUAUCUCUUUCUGUGUCUCUCUCCCUCUCCCAGCCUCUGUGGAUAUGAAGCAGAUGCUGCCUAUGAAGUUGUCAGCCAGAGAGGACGGCACUCUGAAAGCCAAGUGCUCCAUCAGUCCUCACCAGAGGCACCCCCUAACCCACUCCCAGUCCCUGCACUUCACAGGUAACACGCACACACGCAUGAACACGCACACCUACACACACACACACACGCACACAUACACACCUAUCUUAAACCAACUGACUGAAUGCCAUCUCUGGCUUUCUUCCCCACAGAUUCAGUGAUCCAUCCAGACAGUGGGCCAGAGAACCAGCCCUCCUCCACCCACCUGGUCUGCCUACUGAAGCCCCCCAGCCAGACCUCCAAUCCCCUCCACACCCAGCCCCAGGCUCCUAACCGCCUCCAUACCCAGAGCCCCAACCCCUCUUCAGCCCAGGCCCCUGUCCACGGCCUCAGCCACAGCCAGCCCCCUCCAUACAGGAUCACUGAGGACCUGAACAAGGAGGAUGUCAUAUUUUUCUAAGUCCUCCAGAAAGAGGGGACACCUCUCUCAGCUGCUGUGGAGCACAGCGGGCAGGGACCAAAGGGAGGCCUG